GAAUGAAGGGCCUAUCGUCCCGCAAACCCCGUCCUUCAUGGAAGACUUCUCAGCAGCACUCGGCUACCUCGAAUAUUCAGCAGAAGCGAAGCCUUUCGAGAAGUUCUGGAUUCGUGAAGACGAUGGAGUUUGCUAUACUAUCAGUGCCGACGGUGCUAUUGUGCCCACAAGCUGUUAUUCCAGUUACCGGGCCUUGUGCUCCCAAAGCGCAGAGUACUAUGCUACUCCAAGCUCGGCGAACGAGAUAACUGUUCACAGUAAGGAGCUGACUGUGACUGGGUAUCGCAACCAGCUCUCCUUCCGUUUCCUCGGCAUUCCUUACGCAAACCAGCCUGAGCGAUUCACAUACUCAACGUUGUAUACUGGGUCUCCGACAUUAAACGCCACUAAAUAUGGCUCGGCGUGCUUGCAAACUGGUCGUGGCUCCGAAGAUUGUCUCUAUCUCAACAUCUGGACGCCAUACCUGCCAUUAUCCUCUAAUCCGUCCACCUCAGCUCUCAAGCCCGUCCAUGUCUACAUUCACGGCGGAGCUUACACUAGCGGCGCGGGAAGCGACUACGACGGAGGUGUUCAAGUCAGCAGAGGAGACAUCGUUGUCGUGACAAUCAACUAUCGUCUCACGACCCUCGGAUUCCUGGCGCUUGGAGAUGGUACGACGAAUGGAAAUUUCGGACUCGCGGACAUGGUGACAGCCCUCGAUUGGGUGCAGAACUACAUCACUGCGUUUGGUGGUGACCCCGCACGCGUGACCAUUACGGGUGGUUCUGCUGGUGCCGGCGCGGUCAGGGCUCUGAUGGAGUCUCCAAUGGCCAUCGGCAAGUUCGCUGCAGCUGCCCCGCAGAGCAACCUGGACGGAAUGCUUUAUGCCUCAACCUACUCAGUGUACUAUACGAUUCCUCAAGAGGUUGCAGUUGCGGCCGACCCGAUUCUUGCGGCAACCGGUUGCAACACUACCGAAAACGACCCUGCAGCGACGCUUGCUUGUCUCCGUGCCUAUAAUGCUACGGAGCUAGUAUACAUGUCCAAUGUCGCAAGAUAUGUGGUGGUGGAUGGGACUUACAUCACAUCAACCGAGCUUCCGGUUAACGGCUCUGGCCCGGUGGCGGACGUCCAUCUCAUGAUGGGGUCGAUGAGCGACGACGGAAAUUCGUUUAUUGCGUACCUGAAAACCACCGAUCUCUCCCAGGCAAUUACCUCUCAGAUCACGUGUACGACUCUAAUCAUCGACUCUGGACUCUUCCCCCAGCCCAACAGCGGCAACACCACGCUUGACGUGUUCAAUGUCACUGCUCGUAUCUCGACAGACAUCCAAUUCCGCUGCCUGGACCAAGCGACUGUCGUGGCAUUGUCAAAGCAUGAUCUCAUGAAGAGUAUCUGGGUGUACCAAUUCAACCGCGGCUACAAUGGAUAUGACCCGAACGGCCUUUGUUAUGCCCCAGCUGCGACCGGGUAUCCGUACGGGAACCCUGAACUUCCUCACUUUAACUGCCAUAGUGGUGAUCUAGCAUGGGUCUUCGGUUACGUUGGACAACCCGGCAAUCCAUUCCGAGAUGAGAACGAUUAUAUCUUCCAGCAGACUAUCGUUGACCAAUGGACGUCCUUCUUCCGGACUUACAACCCAAACCCUGCGAGUGCUUACUUAACGGCACGAAACUACACGACCACAGCGCAGCAGCUGUCUCAGAACGGACAAUGGCAGGCGUUGACCGACUACCAAUCGCCGACGCUUCACAUCUUGGCGCAACCGAGCUACCCGUCGGCAUUCUUAGAGCAACCCCAGUGCAACUUCUUCAAUUACCCACUUAGUUACUACGGAUGA